AUGACCACUAACACUCCGACGAUGGCCGCUGUCACUGAUAUAGCCGGGCCUGCUAGCAUUGGAGGGUCCUCAACGAGAAGCGACGCCGAUGUGGAACCCAUAGGGUCGGGAAACUCGGCAAGGCAGCACCAUGUUGCGCCUGACCGAUCUGCUGCCGCCGCUCAAAUUCCGACACAGAUGGCUGCGCAUCUGCCACAACUCCGCAGCCCCUCUCGAAAGCCUACGAAUGAUUCCGCUGGCAGACACUACCAGUACAUUGAAGGGUUUGCAGUCGUGCCAGUGCUGGUGGGCGCUGCCAUGGGGAUCAAGGCUCUCGAGUUCGACGUCUCUGCUGCUCAGCUGGCGGCAUUGCCCCAAAAAGCAGUGAACCACUCUGGUCUUCCAAUCAGGCUCUUCUCGCACGGCACAUAUCGUUGGCGGCUGCGCUGCUUGACGCAGUCGGGGCCGGACUCUGACAAGGUCUCCAUGUCAGAUUGGGCCGUUCGGCCGAAUUCGUGGCCUGCGGAGUGUUAUGUUCAGAUCAACGACCAACCUAUCCAACUCGGUCGGAAGCAGCAUUUCAAACGCGAUUUGCCUGCUGAGCUGAGCGAUUUUCUGCUUGAGGGUCGGAACAAGGUCAAAAUAAGCGUGCCCAAGAAUAAGAAGAAUGUGGCUGGAGGGGUGCACUUCUUCUUUGCCGUGGAAUGCGUGGUUACACGACAGCACGAUGACCUUGUGCAAUCUAUUACAACCAGGCAAACCAUGGAUGCGGAGCAGACAAAGAAUGCUAUCGCGCAGAGGCUCCAGGCAGCUCACGACGAUGAAGAAGUCGCUUUUGCGUCGAAUACCCUUACCGUGUCCUUGGCAGACCCCUUUAGCUCAUUGCAGUUCACUGUUCCAGUGCGAGGAAAAGCCUGCAAGCACCUGGAAUGCUUCGAUCUUACCCACUGGCUCAACACGAGGAGCGGGAAGAAGACAGCGGGGAGGACGUCCGCAGAGGAGCCCUCGGCUGUCGACGAGUGGAAAUGCCCCAUCUGCGGCGCAGACGCGCGACCGUCAGUGUUGGUUGUCGACCUCUUCUUGAAAGGCGUCCGGGACAGCCUCGUGGAGGCUGGUCGUCCGAUGGUCAAGUCUAUCCAGGUAGCCGCCGACGGCGCGUGGACUGCUGUUGAUGAGCCGGAUGACCUGGACACGGACGACGGCGAGCAAAAGUCCCUUGCCGCAGCGAGGCGAGUCAACAACAAGUCCGCAGUGAUUGAAAUCCUGGAUGAUGAUUGA